UUAGUUACCUUCGUAUUAAAAGAAUUGCCACAGAAUCACCAAGUAUACAGUUUACAAGUAACAAAUUACUAAAAAUUACUUCGCCAUCCUAUUUCAUAUAUCUAGUUUAAUUUGGCUAGGCCAAAAACACUGGAUAUUGUCAAAACUGCUUUUUAUGGUAAAGAUCGUCGUCCAAGUCGGCCUUCCAUUUGGCCGCCUGUUUCAUUUCUUCAUGCAUCUGGGGCGUAAUUUUAGAGGCAAAAAAUGCCAAAGGCACUAAAAAAUAAUUAAAUUACCUAAAAGCUAAGAAAAUUUAUAAACACGACUUACAAUUUGCCUGCUGAGCGCUACGACGCAAAAACGCGAUGGUGUCCGCAUCCAGAUUCAAUCUGCGGAUUUCUUCUGGAAGAUCGCUGUCCUCCGGAAUGGUGGAUGAAAUCUCGUUGCUUUGCUGGCUGGCCAUGUUGUUGGAAAUCUUGAAAUUGUAGACUGGAGAUGACUGACUGAAUUCAUUCUCACUAGCACAGACUUAUGAGGCGUCUGUUUAGCGUGUGUGCGUGUACGUCUGUGGCCAGAAAAAGUUCCUGGUGGCACUACGCACAUUUUUUCCGCACGAACUCCACCGUUAUUACAUGCGGGAUAGCGAUACUAUUAGGAACACCAUCUGACCACACACACAGCAUUGCGUGAACGUCUACGACGGCUGACAUUACGACUGUGCUAGCAUCACAACGCAAGUCUAUAUGGCUGAGCAGGAGCAAAGGUCAAAGCGGAAAAUGGGACCAACAGAGGAUUCCAAAAAACCCGCUACGAAACUGCCACAAUAUUUUGUGGAUUUUGCCAGCCAUAGCAAUGUCUACAACAUCAAGUAUAGAAACAGGCUGGCGGUGGACACCACUAAAUACUUGAACAUCCAGUCCGACGAGUGGCGCACUAAGACGGGUAAACUGGUGCGCAAGUUCCAGAAGAGCGCUCUCGACCUCGCGUACAUUCACCACCAUCAGAAAGCAAUGUUCACUGCUAUUAUUGUAAUACUGAAGAAGCUGUUGGACGUUGCACAAGCAAUGGAAAAGUAUCACAUGGAAAGCAUUGCAACUCUUUUGGCUUCCUGUCCGCCAGACAGUAUGCCAUCGCCUGAUGAGGGCUACUGGAUCGAUGAAAUAUCAAAUUACCCACCACAUAACUCGCAGAAAAUUACACGCAUCAUUGCUGACAACAAAAAGAAACAAGACGAAACGAAACUGCUAGAGAAAAAUUCACGAACUCACAUUGGAACGACCAGUGAACUUGUGCCUACCGCUCAGCUGUCGGAAAGUGAGCUUAAGGCCAGAACCAAGGCGUACAAAUCCUUGUGGAAACAACUGACUGAGCUGUCAAACACUGUAUCAAUGUAUAACGACAGAAUUAAGGAACACUGCCUCUCCCUGAUAAACGGCUUUGAACAUCUCAAAUCAAAGCUAAACAUUGAGAAGAUGACCAUUGCCCAGGAAGCGUUUCUUCCCAUUGUCCAAGAAAUGUCCACUGUUAGCACUCUCAUCGCUGACCGAUACCUGACCCAGUCUGAGAACGGACGUGAUGUCACCGCUGCUUUGAACAAACUGGAUAUUGCCAUGAACCUGGCUAAGAACGCGCUGCAUGGUGACCAUCCGGAAGUCCGUGAUGACCCGCGCGUGGAUGACGUGGGAGAAAGCGAUUCGGAAAUGAGCACCUCGGACGAUGACUAACAAGCUAUUACUUACUGGUUGUCAUUUUGCUGUUGUGCUUAAAAACUAUAUAACAAUUCUGAAUAACGUAAUCGUUU